AUUGUUAGCUUUUGAUGGUCUGCAUUGCUUCAUAAAAUUCAGGCAACUAGCAAAGAAGAGAGUUUAAGAAAAAAAAUUACAGGCAAUGGCUGAUAUUGUUAUGGAGGAAAGAAAACAGAAUCAUUUGGAAAGUGAAGAUCCACAGCAGAAACUCCCUUCACUGAUCAAAGCUAUUGCUGCAAAUGAGGUUUCUGGUUUUGAUAGUGUUGAUGGGCACAAUAAUGACCACAAGUCCCCACUCAAUUCAACUGCUUUUCAUCCCAAAACCUCAAUAUUUGGGAUCGAGGCAGCUGCAGCCACGAAAAAUGAGGAGAGUCAAUGUAAUCAUCAAAGGAAGCAUUCAGUCUCAAUCAGCAUGCCUCCAUCUCCCAUUAAUGAAGCUCACGUAAAGAGCACAAACAGAGUCAUGUUUAGAGACGGCGAGACAAUUUUAGGAGACAAUAUUCCAAAUUCUGAUGACGCGGCACAUUUGGAAAAUGGCGAUGGCUCGAAAAAUAAGCCACGGUUUUAUUCUCAGCCGAUGUCGAUGCCAAAAAGCUCAGCUCUUGAUGAUCCGUCCGGUCAGCUUCCGGCGAGGAAUCCGAGGAUCGAUCGGCUGCAGGAUAAGAGGUUCGACUCUUUCAAGACAUGGUCUGGAAAACUCGAGAAGCAGAUAUCGAACUUGCGUGGGGUAAGACACAGGGAAGACGAGCAGGAGCCUGGAAAUGAUCGUCAGCACCCAGAAAUCAAUUUGCCCGUGGAUCGGUACUUUGAUGCGUUGGAAGGACCCGAGCUGGAUACACUCCGGGCUUCCGAAGAAUUACUCCUCCCAGAAGACAAGACGUGGCCUUUUCUCCUACGCUUUCCCAUCUCCUCCUUUGGUAUCUGCUUAGGUGUGAGCAGCCAAGCCAUCAUGUGGAAAACCCUAGCAACCUCGAACUCGACAAAAUUCCUCCACAUCACCCCUGACGUAAACCUCGUACUCUGGUUCAUAUCCCUUGCCCUCGUACUCACUGUGACAGUACUGUACAGCCUCAAAAUAGUAUUAUACUUCGAAGCCGUUCGCCGCGAAUAUUACCACCCGAUACGCGUCAACUUCUUUUUCGCCCCGUUUAUUGCCCUUCUUUUCUUGGCUUUGGGAGUACCACCAUCGAUAACCAAAACCCUGCAUGCAUCUUUGUGGUACGUGCUCAUGACACCGUUUUUUAUUCUCGAGAUUAAAAUAUACGGGCAGUGGAUGUCCGGUGGGCAGAGGAGGCUCUCAAAGGUGGCGAACCCAUCCAAUCAUCUUUCGGUAGUGGGGAAUUUUGUCGGGGCUUUACUUGGGGCGUCGAUGGGUCUGAAAGAAGGGCCCAUUUUCUUUUUCGCAGUUGGGCUGGCCCAUUACACGGUGCUGUUUGUGACACUCUACCAGAGGCUGCCGACAAAUGAGACGCUUCCCAAGGAGCUCCACCCAGUUUUCUUUCUGUUUGUGGCUGCACCAAGUGUAGCCUCCAUGGCAUGGGCAAGGAUUCAGGGCUCGUUUGAUUACGGGUCGAGGAUCGCGUACUUCAUUGCAUUGUUCCUUUAUUUUUCGCUGGCCGUUCGUGUUAAUUUCUUCAGAGGAUUCAGAUUCUCACUGGCUUGGUGGGCCUACACGUUCCCCAUGACAGGAGCAGCCAUUGCCACCAUCAGAUACUCGGAUGUGGUCAUGAGUACUGUGACCAAAUCCCUAACCGUCAUCCUCUGCAUCCUGUCCACACUUACAGUAUCAGCACUGCUCGUGACCACUAUUAUUCACGCCUUUGUUCUGCGGGACCUAUUUCCGAACGACAUAGCCAUUGCAAUCAGCGAGAGGCGGCCCAAGAAGACAAUGAGAUGGUACCAUAGGAGGUCCGGCAGCUCGGAAUCCAACAUCGAGCAGUAUCUUAAGUUUUCAAAUUCAGUCGACAAGGACAUAGAGGCCUGUGACAAUAACCCCGUGAGUCCUGACGGACGAGACUUGCCAGGUCCUGCUAAGAAGUAAGAAUGAUGCAAAGGUUUUCAAAAGCUGAGAAAUUUAGCAUUUGUGUGUGUACGCAGAUUUUUGUCACUCCAGUCAAGAUAGGGACUCACUGGUUUUUGAGAGCCCCAGUGAAGUUGAUUUGGUGUGAUAAAAAAGAAAAUGGGGUUUGAUUGUUCUAAACGGCAUAGAUUUUUGAAGGAUGAGUGUUUGCAGUGAAGGAUUUUAGGAGAAGUGUUUGUGUUUAUAAGUGUCUUGUGAUGGUGAGAUUGUGUUGUUUAUAUGAAUAAAAUGCUCAUGUCAGUGUGUGUGUAUUGAAGAGAACCAAAUUUUCUGUUUUCCUUUAUUCUGCUUACUUUUGGUACUUUGAUAAACAAUCAUACGCUAAUUACAAAAGAACCCAGAAACCUGUAAAAAUUACUGUAUCCAGUGAAAAAACCACAGUUUCAG